AUGGACCAGUAUGCUAUUUCGAACAUUCCCUCGGACGGUCGAGCUAGCCCGUCCAAUGAAUUUUCCCUACUUGUUCCCGAUACUCGAAACACCAUCAAAGCGGGCAAUUUCGAUGAACUAGACUCCCUCGCAUCCGACGAGGAGGGAGAACGUCGAUCCGGGCUUCGACGUACCUCGUCUGUGUUGACCACUUAUGUGGUUCUGCCCAAGGGAAAGCCAACAGAGGCAGGAGCCAAUCAGGACGGUGCAAAACCAGCAAGCGGGAAUCAGCAACCUGCGGAUACCAGCACCAGUGGUCCGGGUUUAACGCGUCGCCGAACGAUGCCUGUAUUUAUGACACAAAAACCGGCUGAUAUCAAAUUUAGAAAAAACUUACCAACAGCAUCGGAACAAGCACGGAAGGUUCCUUUGAGAGCAAACAAGAGUCGUCUUAAUGGAUACAUCAAGUCCUCUGGUGCAUCGGAAACCAGCGGUCAACGAGCAAUAGUUCCUAAUACACCGAUUGAUCGGGGUCAGUUGCUUCAUGGGACAGCCUCCAUUGACCUGAUUGCCGAAGAACUGGAGGAAUUAGCUGCCUCAGCUGCUGCAGAGCAAGAUGACCCCGAAUCAACCAUCUAUCUAAUAGAAGAAGGAGUACGCAAGCGCGUACAAGUACAAAUAACGACCCAGGGAAAGAAAACACCUACACUCAAANAGAAACAACUGGUCCCAGUUGUCGCUUCAUCGAAAUACAACGAGAUGAGCAUCAUGGGACGUGCCACUCCAAGUGCUUUCAGUCUGACCAGUUCGCGCCCAGCACCUUUACAGAUCCCGAAAGAAGUUCCGGUGGUUGCAAAUAUUUUGUUAGAAGAUCUACAAGAUGUUUUGCCCAAUCUGCCGACAAGCUUUAAAGAAACCACUAUCGAAUUGACCCAGCCAGGAACCCGAUACAGUGUACCGGAUAUCACAGAGCANCUGACCCCGGAAGAAUUGGCCACGCUCAGCCAGGAUGCGCAUGCCAAACAGGCCGAGGAUUUGGCCAGGAAACAGCAAGGGGAAAUAGUGAUCCGAUUGCAUGAUUUGAUGGACUGGUGUAAUCAAAACGUCAUCCUUAUCAUCAUCAUUCUGCUCAACAGUACACUUGUUUAUUUUUUCUAUUGGCUCACUCACGAGCCGGACAACAGCUGA